AUGGCGGUCGGUAAGAAUAAGGGACUGUCCAAAGGAGGGAAAAAAGGUGUUAAAAAGAAAGUGGUUGAUCCUUUCACCAGAAAGGAUUGGUACGAUGUCAAAGCUCCGUCAAUGUUUGCAACUCGCCAAAUAGGUAAAACUUUGGUUAACAGAACUCAAGGAACAAAAAUUGCAUCCGAGGGUUUGAAAAAUCGUGUUUUUGAAGUUUCUUUAGCCGAUCUUCAAAAUGACACUGAUGCUGAAAGGUCGUUCAGAAAAUUUCGACUUAUAGCAGAAGAUGUUCAGGGUCGAAAUGUAUUAACAAAUUUUCACGGGAUGGAUUUAACUACGGACAAGCUUCGUAGCAUGGUUAAAAAAUGGCAGACAUUAAUUGAAGCUCAUGUUGAUGUUAAAACAACAGAUGGAUAUUUAUUGAGGGUUUUUUGUAUUGGAUUUACAAAUAAAGAUCAAAUGUCACAGAAAAAAACAUGCUAUGCUCAACACACGCAAGUAAGAGCGAUAAGGAAAAAGAUGACAGAAAUAAUAACAAAAGAAGUGACCGAUUCAGAUUUGAAAGAUGUCGUUCAAAAAUUACUGCCUGAUUCAAUAGCUAAGGAAAUUGAAAAAUAUUGUCAAAAAAUUUAUCCUUUGCACGAUGUUUAUAUUAGAAAAGUGAAAGUUUUAAAGAAACCACGUUUCGAUCUAAGUAAAUUGUUAGAAUUACACGGUGACAGCAAAGCAGCGUCGGAUGAACCUGGAGCAAAAGUGGACAGACCUAAAGGAUAUGAACCACCAGUUCAAGAAAGUGUCUGA